GUCGUUCUUCCUGCCCGAGGUAAGCGUCUUCCAGAAUCUUGCUGUAACUGCUCAAUAACUUCGCGUCAGAAUCCAAGAUGACAUGCAAAGAAUGGGUUUAUGCAGAUGAACAUGCAAACAAUUGCUGAUCUGCAUUCUAAUAGAGACACCGAAGUCGAAUACGUGCAGAAGGUGUACCUUGAGAUCCAAGAAGCUGUUGUUUACGAAGCCGAGUUGGGAAAGGCUGGCUGGCUGGCUGGUGGGUAUGCUACACAUUCUGCCAUUCUCGAGCAACUUCACUGAUUGCGAUCCUUCAUAAGAGAUGUUCACCCGCUAUCGUAAGCGCACGAACGUUGGCAUUACUGGACAGAUGU